GAUAAUCUCCAUCCGAAUGUAACCAUAGAAAUGGUGGAGAAUUUUUCUUACCCAGAAGCAAGUGUACAGAGACUUCGAGGAUGAUAUUGAACAUGAUGACGAAGACGAAGAUGAUGAUUAAAUGUCGACAGUAAAUAUCGAAAGUGAUACUUUGAUCAUCGAAAGAGAAACUGAAUCAUUCCAUUGUCAUGCCCUUUUCUUUCUCGAAUUCAUCGAAUUUUCUUCCAACAAUAAUCUUAACCUUUUUUUGCUCGAAAAAAAAAGUUCAUCUCAAGAUUUAGAAACAGAAUUUUCAAUCAAUCUGAUUAUAAAUUGUGUAAACCAAUUGACGACCUUUUGAUUCUGUUAAUUGUGAUUACUUACAAGAUCUUUGAUUCUUACGAUAAUUGAUAAUCUCCCUCAUCCAAUUCUGGUUCCUACUCGAUUAAAAUCAUCUUCUUUUUGUUAUUAUUGUUACGAUUCCAAAUUUAAUUAUUUCGUUUAAUUGUUUCUCCUCAAAUAAUCAUUCAUUUAAUCAUAUUAAUUGCCCUCAAAACUACUGAUCAACUCUCUAAUUGUGCUAAAUUAAUUUUCAUUUGUCUUCGUUAAUCAAACUUGACCAGCCUUCCAAUUUCAACGUCGCCAAUGUCUCUUUCUUUGAUUUACUUUAAUUGUUGUUGAUUGUAAUCAUAAUUUACCUAUUCUAUUGGUAAUUGGAGAUAGUUAAUAAUCAUAAGAUUAACUUUGAUUGUUAACAUUUUUGAUUAAAAAGGUUGAAUCUAAAUUGAUGAUCUAAGCAUGAUUGUCAAUCAGUAACAAUAAUCCAACUAAACGUAACCUUUACAAUUGUGUGUUUGUGAAUUAACCAAGAGUAAGGUUAUUUAAUAAUCUACAAUUAACUUUUUAAUUACUAUGAUUAAAGAUUUGUGGUUCAUCUUAAUUUUGAUCAAAACAAUUAAAAACCCGAUUCAACCCAAAAUCAACAAAGUAAAGAAAAUCCCAUUAACAUAAUAACCUUUUAAUUGUGACUUUUAAUCACUUUUUGUUUUUCUCACACAAACAAUUAUCAUCACAAGUGUUAAUUAUCAAUGUGCCGGUUAUCAACAAUUGAUUAACUAUCAUAAUAAUAAUCAAUAUUAUCAACAAGCAAAAAGUGACCAGAUCAAGUGGUUUGACCAAUACAAUUUAAGGUAACCCUUUUGUUUUUAAGAAGCAAACAAAAAGAGUCUCGUUGAUUUUGAUUAACUAAUCAAUUGGGAAAUUAGUUUACAUCAAACCAUUAGAAUCAAGUGAAGAAGAGGAAAACAAAAGUUACCCAACUAAUUAACUAAUCAUGGGAAUGAUAAUGAGCAUUUCCCGUGAUCGUAAGAUGGUCGUUUAUGCCGAUGGUUCUGGAACUGGUCCAGUCGCUGGUUUCGAUCUGAACAAUUACAAUUUUAACGAUCGACAUUCGGGUAAAAUUAAACUAUCAAAAGGAUUGAUUGAUAAUAACCCAAAUGAGGCUAAAAGUAAAUCACAUAAUCAACAAACUAACAACAAUCAACAGCGAGAAACCAAAAAACACUCAAUCUUCAUUUCAGCGCUGAAUUUGGGUAAACACUUAAGCAUUGCUACCAAAAAGAAGGCUGAAAAAGCGGCAAAUAAACACGAUAAAGAGAAGGAGAAAAUGUCAAUUGAUAAGAAAGGAUCAAAUAAAUUGUUAAAUAGCAACAACAAUCAACAACAAUCGUCAACAAUUAACCAAAAUAACAAUAAUAAUAAUAAUAAUCGCCAUUCAAGCAACAACAACAACAACAAUAGUAAAGAUAAUAAUUUGAAUACCAUAAACAAUAAUAAUAAUUCAAUUAGUCCAUUGGAUUGUGUUGAUAAUUUAAUCCAUAAUCAUAAUACUAAUCAUAAUCAUCCAUUGGUCAGUGAAAAUAAUACUCGUAAUUCAAUGUCCAAAUCAUUGUCGUGUUACAAUUUGAAAUCGGGAUUAACAACAAAUAACAUUGAAAUUGUGAAAAAUUGCUCUAAAGAUAUUGGACAAUUAACUAAUAACAAUAAUAAUAAUCUAAAUAAUAACAAUUUAAAUGAAAACAUUGGUUACAAUUUUAAGGAAUCAAAAGGAAUUGAAAAUAUGAGGAUGAACAAGAAAAGAAAUGGAUUCUUAUCAACAUCUAAUCAACUCGCUGUUCCCUUAAUUAAUUCAUCAACAAACGUUUCCACGAUAUCAACAUCAUCAUCAUCAUCAACAACAACGUCAACAACAUCUUCAAUUUCAUCAAUUAUCACCAACAAAUUAACAACAAUUAGUAACAAUAAUCACAAUCGUAACGAUAUCAUCAUGCCUAAUAUCACAUUAGGCCGAUCCAUUGGUCCACCCUUACCACCAAAACCAACAAUCUUAUUGUCCAAAAACUCAAUCCGACCAAGUUGUACCUCCUAUUUACCUAAUCCAUCAACAACCCUACGAAACGGGAUUACGUUAACUAACAACAAUAUAAUUAACAGUAAUCAAAAUAAUCAAAAUGAACCAAACCGGAUAAGCCCAAGAAAAAACUUAAAGAAAACAGUAAUCCAAGCUUCAACGUCUGAAUUACUCCGUUGUCUUGGUGAUUUCUUAUUGAAACGAUGUCCAAAAUUGAAAAGCUUUCAAUCGGGCGAUGCAGUUAUGUGGCUACGAGCCGUUGACCGAUCGCUACUCUUACAAGGAUGGCAGGAUAUUGCUUUCAUUAAUCCAGCCAAUGUUGUAUUCCUUUAUAUGCUUUUGAAAGAGUUAAUCAGAGAGGAUGUUGACUCUGAAUGUGAACUUCAAGCGACAGUUUUAACUUGUCUUUAUCUUUCAUAUGCUUACAUGGGAAAUGAAAUAUCUUAUCCAUUGAAACCUUUCCUGGUGGAAACUGAUAAUAAGGAUAAAUUCUGGGAUCGAUGUUUACUCAUAAUCAAUAUGCUCAGUGGUAAAAUGCUACGAAUCAACAGUGAGCCAGCAUUUUUUACCGAAAUAUUUACAGAACUCAAAGGUUGCCAAUUCUCAAAUGGACAUAUACUCAAUGGAUAUUAACUCUAUUCAAUUAACAUUCCGAUUAAAUUAACUCAUGUAUUUUUCCUGUUUCCAUGAUGAUCAUGGUCAAUCAACACUAACAACUCUCUUCCUCUCUUUCUCUCUCUCUCUUCAUUAGUUAAACCGUUAAUCUCAACGAUUGACCUUCCAAAGUGUUAAUUGUAUUAGUUAAGCUUUUACCCGUUAAUCAAUCAGAGAGAGAGAGAAAGAGACAGAGAUGACCUAAUGUAACUAAUUAACCUUUUUCUGUCUAAUUGUUCAAGGGACUGCUCAAUCUAAUCUAUUAAUUUAAUAUCUCCCAAAAAUCAUUAUCAAUUUUCAUCUAAUAAUUUACACAAUUCAAUUAUUGUGACUUGAUUUUAAUCUCAUGUUCAAUCAUCAUGAUUAAUAAUUGUUCAUCUAUGAUAUUUGAACCUGAAGUUAAAUGAUUGGUCACUUGAAGGUCAGUGCAAUGAUCAUGAAAUCAAUAUAAUUCAAUUGGUUUAACUAAUACGAAAAUCCAAUUGAUUGAGAAAAUUAAUUUCCUGAUUUUCCUCUUCCAAUAAUAACCAAAUUAACCUGAUUUGAAAGGUCCCAUUAAUUUAAGAAAGUUAUACAAUUAAUUUUGACAAUUACGAGCGACGAUCAAAUCAGAUCAUUAUGGAAACUGGAAACAACCAUAUAUACAUGAUAAUAAUACAUGAAUAUGUGUUAUAUUGAUUGAUUAGUUAAUCAUCUUGAUUAACUGAUCAUAAAGAUAAUCUCAACAUGUAAAGUACUCAAUGAAAUAAUUGAGAUUAACAAGAAAACUGAAAUCAUUAAACGUUAAUUCAGUUUGUUCAAAUGAUUUAAAUUUCAAAUUAAAUCAUAAAAUCAAAUCUAAAAUUCAAAAUCUUCUGAUUGUUUAACUAAUCAUUAAGCUAAUCACACAAUUAAUUCACACAUAAUUAAAUAUAUAAAAACUACAGCACUCAAAUUAAUGAAGCUGAUUAGUUGUAAAUUUCAUUUGAUUUGCUAAAUAAAAGUUGAUCUAAAUUGAAUCAAUAA